AUGGAGAUGACAUACGGAAAACAAAUCCCUUUGGGAUUAUGCGGUCUGAGGACUGGCUUGUUCUUCUCAAAAUUACGCAUGCGACGAGGAAAGAAACAUGGGCCACACGUGGGGUUAUUGCCCACUUUGGACCCUCCACAUGCAUUAGUCAAUUAUUGGGGCUUUCAAGAUGUGUGUGAUGUGCUUGUUGACUUGACUUGGCUGUGCGCUCGACUUUUGAGCCUAACCGAUUCGUUUAUAUCGCCGGUGUUUGGACCUCUGGGAAUCUUGGAAUCGGUUGCGGCUCUCCGGCUCUUCCAGGGCUUCGUCUCCGCUUCUGGUCCCAUCCAAACUCUCUUUGAGGUGAAGGCUUGGCUCGUUCUGCGUUCUGCCCACCGGUACUGUCGAUUCACGGAGGAAGGAACAAUUCUGAAUGGAUCAACUAGUGUCAUACUUUAUCUCAGUUAACCGAGACGCUCAACGUGACGCCAUCAAGCAUUCUCGAGGUCAUUCUCAGCCCACGACCCGCCCUGGUAAAGACCCUAACCAAGUAA